UGGAAAAGCCGAUCGAAGCUAACCAGCCACUACUGAAAAAGCCUUCCUUCCCACAACCAUGUCCAUGCCACCCCUGCGAGCAUCACUACUCAUGAUCGUGCCGGCGGUGGUGUUUCACCUCCACCUCCUCGCUACCGUCACCUCCACUUCGACGGCAGCAGCAGGCUCAUCAAAAAACACCGUACCGCGCUACCCUGAUUUCCAACACUUCAAAGUGAAAGAAACCAUCGCCGAGAUCAGAACCAACAAGCCCACCAAGAGUACCCCACAACACGCCGGUGAGAAGAAAGGGAAGGUGAAAGUAAUGCACAGGGACAAUAUAAUUGCACCCGCUCACGCCAACUUCCAUGACCGUUUUCUCGAGCUCAUGAAACGUGACGCUAGAAGGGUCGCCGGCCUUGUUCACCGCCUUAGUAAUGCUAGUGCCGGUGGUACUUAUCAGGCGCAAGAGGAUUUUGGGUCGGAGGUGCUGUCCGGCAUGGACCAUGGAACGUGGGAAUAUGUCAUUCAGAUUGGCGUUGGUAGCCCUCCGACGAAUCAGUACAUGGUCAUCGAUCUCGGCAGUGAUGUUGUGUGGGUUCAGUGUCAGCCCUGUGACCAGUGUUACCCGCAGUCCGACCCGGUUUUCAACCCGGCAGAUUCACGCUCGUUUUCCAGAGUUUCCUGCAGCGCCGCCGUGUGUGACCGCCUCGAUGGCGGCGGCUGCCACAAGGGUCAGUGUAUAUACGAGGUGUCCUACGCCGACGGGUCCUACACCAAAGGCACGCUGGUGCUCGAGACACUGACGUUGGGGCGCACCACGAUUCAGAAUGUGGCCAUCGGGUGCGGCCACAAGAACCGGGGCAUGUUCGUAGGAGCCUCCGGUUUGUUGGGCCUUGGAGGCGGGUCCAUGUCGUUUCUGGGUCAGCUCGGUGGCCAGGCUGGCGGUGCGUUUACUUAUUGUUUGGCAAGUCGGGGCACCAGCACGUCCGGGUGGAUGGAGUUCGGGCGUGGAGCGUUUCCCCAAGGGGUUGCAUGGGUCCCCUUGCUCCGAAAUCAACGGGCUCCGAGUUUCUACUAUGUCGGGCUUUCGGGUCUCGGAGUCGGAGGUAUCCAGGUACCCAUUUCUGAAGAUGUGUUUCGGUUGACCGAAUUGGGUGACGGAGGGGUUGUUAUGGACACCGGCACCCCGGUGUCAAGGCUGCCGACUUUAGCUUAUGAGGCGUUCCGCAACGCUUAUAUCGCACUAACCGGGAACCUUCCUCGGGUCUCCGGAGUAUCCAUUUUUGACACAUGCUAUGAUCUAUCCGGAUUUGUGACGGUUCGGGUACCAACCAUAUCGUUCUAUUUCUCGGGCGGAUUAAGCCUCACCCUUCCAGCACAAAAUUUUCUAGUUCCAGUGAAUGAUGCUGGAACUUUUUGUUUUGCAUUUGCUCCAACCUCUUCUGGGCUUACUAUUUUGGGGAACAUUCAACAAGCAGGGAUCCAGAUUUCCAUUGACACACUUGGGUAUAUGGGGUUUGGUCCAAACGUUUGUUAAUUUUUGCUAUUUUUGAGUCAUAUUACAAAAUUAAUAUUUUAAUUAAAUUAGCUAAAAAUGUAGGCACGUAUAACAAUAUUUUCACUGAGAUCUCGUUUACAAGAAUUCCAGUUAUUUUUUCACUGGAAGCAAUCUUCGCCGUAAAAGUACAGAAGAAUCUCGGGUGAUUUUAUUAAUGAUGUUGUUAAGUGCCUCAUUAGUUUAGCUAAAUGUAAUUAGGGUAUUGAUGUUGUUAAUGCUGCUAUUUUUAUAGGUAAUGUAAUUAUAUAUACUGUGGUUUGCUUAUAAUAGUGUUUAAAAGAGUUAAUGGAAAGUGGUAGUUUAAAAGAGUUGUAUAUUCAUCAUUCCUAAGAGAAAUUUGAAGGCAGUCAAAAGAAUCACAAAAGGGAAAAAGAAAAGGGUAUUACUUGGGUAUUAGAGCACCCUUUAUGGGUAUGUGCCAUGAUAGAGUCCAAUGCCCCCCUUUUUCUCAUUACACAAACAGUCUUUAUGGUGCCUUUGACCCUUACACUGGACAUCCCCAACAUCAUCUUUUUUCCUUAUCUUUCCCAAACAGAAUCUCUCUCUCUCUCUCUCUCUCUCUCUCUCUCUCCUAACUUUUCUGUAGGGUUUCAAUCACGAGACAACAGGGAGCCACCAUGGUGUGGAUGGGAAGAAUAUCACUAGGGAUCUUGGUCACCUCUCCUGUUACACAAGCAACUUACAAAAGCCUUUGCUUUUCCUAUUUUGAAAGGUUGAAAUUAGGAUAUUACUUUCCUUUCUUUUCAGGUUGGGGAAAUUAAGAAGAAUCAUGACAUCUUGGGUUUUGUGAUGUAGCUCGUCUUUUAGUUGUAAACACUAUUCCGCCCGGAUCAGGAUUGGCUACAAUCCCCUAACCCGAUUCCAAUGAGACUCACCUAUCUGAGCAAAUGUACAUGCUUUCAUAAUUGCUUGUCUUAUUACAAUAGGAGAUUUCGGUUCAUUUUA